CGCCGCCCUCCAAGCCCGGCUGCAGCCCGGCGGCGCCGCCUCCCGGGGCGCGCACAGAGCCCGGGCCGCUCCGGCUCCCAGUCCCUGCAGGAGGCGGAGGGAGCCCGCAGCUGCCCGGCCCGGGCGCCAUGCAGCCGGGGAGGCGGUAGGGGCAGCCCGGGGGCAUGGCCACCUGGAAGCGGGACGGCCGGGUGACCGGCUGCCAGCGGCUGGGCUGCGCCGGGCUGGCCGGGGCGCUGAGCCUCAGCCUGACCGCCCCGCUGGAGCUGCUCACCGUGCUGGCCCAGGUGGGCACCUCCCCGCCCUGGCGGGGGCUCUGGCAGGCGGGCCGCAGCGUCUGCCAGGCCGAGGGCAUCGGGGCCCUGUGGAAGGGGAACCUCACCGCCUGCCUGCGCCUCUUCCCCUACAGCGCCCUGCAGCUCGCCUCCUACCGCAGGUUCGUCAUGCUCUUUAUGGAUGACUUGGGCCACAUUUCCCAGUGGAGUGCCAUCAUGGCCGGAAGCCUGGCUGGCACGGUUGCAACCGUAGUGACUUACCCUACCGAUGUGGUAAAAACACGACUCAUAGUGCAGAACCGGUUGGAGCCAUCUUAUAAAGGGAUUCUUCAUGCUUUUUACACAAUUUAUCAUCAAGAAGGAUUCCUUGCACUUUAUCGCGGUGUUUCGCUGACUGUAUUAGGUGCUAUCCCAUUUUCUGCUGGCUCAUUCUUUGUUUACAUCAAUCUGAAUAAAAUAUGGCAAGAGCCCAGCUUUCGCUUCUCUCCUCUUCAGAACUUCAUAAAUGGCUGCCUAGCAGCUGGGGUAGCCCAGACACUCUCCUUCCCCUUUGAGACCGUAAAGAGGAAAAUGCAGGCUCAGAGUCUUUGCCUUCCCCAUUAUGGAGGGGUUGAUGUCCGUUUUACUGGCAUGGUUGACUGUUUUAGGCAAACUGUGAAGACCAAGAGCGUGCUCGGACUCUGGUGUGGACUCACAGCCAAUCUGCUCAAGAUUGUCCCAUACUAUGGUGUUAUGUUUAGCACCUUUGAGUUCUGCAAGCGGGUCUGUCUCUACAGAAAUGGUUACAUUGAAUCUCCCUUAAGCUACAAGCUAAUUCCUGGAGUGGACCAGAGUUUACAACCACAAGAGUUGCAAGAAUUAAAGUUCCUCCGAAGAGGAAAUUUUGAGCCACCGAAGCCAACUCUUGAAAAUUGACAUUGGAAAGUCCAUUGAACAAAUGUAUGUUGCAGUCAUUCUCGGCCAAGUCCACAAUCUGAAGAAAGCGUAGCAAAAAGGAAGACACAUUGCACUCACGGUAGCAGCACCUCCGUUUACUGUAUGGCCUUCCCUGGGAUUGAAACGCCCAUGUCAAACAUGACUAAACCUUGUAACUCAUGUAGUGAAUUGAUACAAUCAAUUCAAGUUUAUCUGAAGGAUACAAACAUUUUGAAACUACAACAAUAUUGGAACUUGAAAUCUACUCAGUUUGGGGGUUUUCAGUGCUGAAUAGCUUUUUAAUGCUAAAACCACUUGCAGAAAAUAAGUGAUGAGAGCCAUGAUCAGGAAUUAUAAUUCAUUCAAAAAUAUUAGGGAAGUUUAAGUACAUUUGUAACACUUGAGAGCACUGAACACAUAGUUUCAGAAUAGAUAUAUGGUUAAAAGUAGAAUAAAAUAUAUAAUGUGUACAGUACACAUUUCUACUGAAAUCUGUCUGUUACUGAUUCAAUAUAGACUUGGCAUUCUGGAUAUGCAGUAUUUGUCCCCACAUAAUUCACAUUGUUGUCCUCCUAAUUCUGGUUUUAAUUUCAUCCUCCUAAUUCUGGUUUUCAGCUUUUGUAAAACUUAUUUAAGAACUGAAUAAUUUUCUGAGUCCCCAGUUGCAAAGAAAAAUGAAAACAUGCUGCAGAGGUACUCUUGCAAAGAGAGAACAGUAAUAUGUGAAACAGCACUGAAAUGAUCAUCGAACAGUCCGAAAUGCAAACUGAGAUGUCUCUCCCCACCCUGACCUAUUUCUGCAAGUACCUGAAUUAUUUCAGCUUUGGGGGGAAAACAAGACUGUUGAUAUGCUGUGGUCAUUUUUGUUAUGACUAACUCUAUCUCGUACUGUGUGAAAAAUGCACAUACCAAACGCAUUAGAUAUUUCAGUGUUAACCCCCUUAUAUGUUUGUCAAUAUUUUUAAAGGUGUAUUUUAUAUUAAAAUAAUUUUCAGAGAUGACACUUUUAUGGUCAGAGCUUAGAACGCUACGAUGCAAUACUUAACCUCACCAUCUCCUUACAGACACAAACAGGAGUGGUCCUCUUUAACUGCUGUGACCUAUAAGUCGAUGUAUUUUCAUGCUUUUCUGAGGAGGGGACCUCACAGAUAUAAAACGCUAAGGAAUGCUAUAGCAUGAGGACUAGUUUAUUCACAGCUUAGAUAAGUGUCCUUCAGGGGCCAGCCCUCAGAUCACUAAGAAAUGGGUGCUGGGAUCCUGAUUCUUCCAGAAAAAGUAUAAAAUUUCUCUAUGCGGCAUUGUGCCACCCAAUCGCAUCUGGCACAGCAUCCCUGAUUCCAGGUGCCCUCAUUGCAGCAGUGUAUAUCACUCAGGCUCUGUGAGGCAAAGGGUAGUCAGUGGCACUGAGCUAUCCUCCCUGACAGAGAAAUAAACCUUUGCUCACGCGAGGAAAUGUAAAGAAGCAGUGGGUAGAAGACGGUGUUUAAAUUCAAUCUUAGAUGUAGGGAAUAAAGCCCUUGAGAGCCAGUAUGAAAGCGCCCUUAUAGAACACUUUUACAACAAUGAGUAAAGUCUUACAGCAGCCCUGUGACAGCUGAGUAUUAAUGACCCCAUUUAACAAAUGGCUCUCCUUGUCUUCUUUGCCCGAGUUCAGCCCUGCUCUAAGCUGGUGCUUUCAACUGUAGUUGCUUCCAAUUAUACCAGAGCUGAAUUUGAUCCAGAAAGGUUCAGGGCUUUACCAAAGACCAUACACCAAGACACUGGAAGAGCUGGGUCUGGAAUUUGGCCUUUCUUGCUUCCCAAUACUCUGAUGAAUCCAGCACACUGUAUUCCCUUAGCUUAGAAUGGUAAUAUUUUUAAUAUUGAUCCUUUUAUGCAUGUGGUUUCUAAUAAAGAGAUGUCGAUCAGAAGAAGCAGAGUAGACCAUCAGACUGUGUUAAGAGCUGAGCCUAGAAAGGCUGCCCAAAGUUAACUAAGAUAGAUUAGUUUCAGAGUAGCAGCCGUGCUAGUCUGUAUUCGCAAAAAGAAAAGGAUGAAGUGAGCUGUAGCUCACGAAAGCUUAUGCUCAAAUAGAUUUGUUAGUCUCUAAGGUGCCACAAGUACUCUUUUUCUUUUUGAAAGAUAGAUUAGUCUAUCUCAUAUUUUUUUAUGAAAAGCUGGUUGACAUGCUUGGCAGACUUGACUGGGCCAUAGGACUGUUCAAUCCUAACUGGUUUUGGUGGGUUCUGCUACCUUAGCACUUUCUACCAAUUUGAUUUUCCUAGAAUAAUCUUGAUCUGAUUCCUCUGACCUGAAGGGAAAUACUUUCAUAAACAAUUAUAUUAAUUUCAGAAAAACUCAAAGCUGUACACUGUGUGACAGUUACAGAUUAUUACUCAUUUGUAGGUGACAGGAGGAGCAACCAGAUGCUUAAUAUCCUUACAUAGGUCACCAAUAGGCUUGUCCUUUAUAUUAAUGUUCCAUUUAUAAACAAAAUGUAGAGGGUUAAUAAAUGAAUAAUUGUUUUAAUAAAUGAUCAAUUGAUAGUCUA